AUAAACAACAAAAUAUUAGUAAUGCACGGUGGUUUGUUUAAAGAUGACAAUGUGACCCUGGAUGAUCUCAGGAAAAUUGACAGAAACAGACAACCCCCUGAAUCAGGUUUAAUGUGCGAGCUUCUAUGGUCCGAUCCUCAACCAAUGUCUGGUCGGGCUGAGAGUAAGCGUGGGGUGGGAACCAUAUUUGGACCUGACGUAACGAGGAAGUUUCUGGAACGGAACAAUUUGGAGUACGUUAUACGAAGUCAUGAAGUUAAGCCAGAGGGAUAUGAGGUCUCUCACGAUGGGAAAUGUAUAACUGUCUUCUCAGCACCUAAUUACUGUGAUACGAUGGGGAACAAAGGGGCCUUUAUGACCUUGAGAGGAGAUGACCUUACACCCAAGUUUACAUCAUUUGAUGCUGUGCCACACCCUAAUGUAAAACCUAUGGCCUAUGUAAACAACCUGUUUGGAUUGUUUUAAUCUUCAUAGAAGGAAAAGAACAGACCACAUGUAACUUAUAAUGUACCUCAUGGGUUUAUCACCCAAUGUCAUAGAAACCACAUAAUCCACAUUAUGCACAUUAUAAAUCAGUCUUUUUAAGACAGCAUCAUCAAUGUGCAGGCACUGAACUUUAAGUAAUUUAAAAUUAUAAAGAUUCGGCCGAAUUAAGAGUUAAGUGAUCAUUAUAAGUAGAAGUCUUAAAUAAAUGUAGUCGAUCAAAGUCUACGGCUAUAUAAAUGACCAAGACAAAGUAUUUUAUGCAAAAACACUGUUCAUAGCUACAUAUUUGUGGCAGCUGAUAUUUUAUUGUCAGGAAAUGCAAGUUUUAAUAAAAUGAUAAAAAUCAA